AUGUCUUUGGAGCGCAGGCACGAAGGCAGGACUCACCAUCGUCAAGAGUCUCACACAAAACUAUACAUGACUAUCUACGUCUUCAGGGGGGCCCCUGACUUCCAUUAUAAACGGCACGUUCUUAUCUACUUCCAAUCUCCUGCAAAUGAAUUCUACGAAACUGUACAUGUCGUUCGAGAUGACAAGAAAAGCCCUUGGCGAGUCGAUCGAGUACACCAUAAGGUGGAUUGGGCUAUGACCGUUCUCUAUCUUUUCCAUUGCGAUGGCGGCGCCCUGUGGGUGCCUAGCGGCCAAGAACUAGCGCCGGCGAACAUCAUGGCGUCUGUUUCGACGGAAAACAAGGAGGAAGAUAAGGGUUGGAACUGUCAGCAUUUUCUACUAGAAGGGCUCAAACAACUUGUGGAUGCCGGGUAUCAGACGCAGGAAUGGUAUAACUGGGUUGAAAACGCCUUAAUGAACCUUCUGUUAGAUGGAGCUUGUGAUUGA